AUGCUUUAUGAGUUGGUUGGUAUUGUGCGUGUAAUGAAUCCCCUAGCUGCAAACGCAGAGGCAAAGGAUCUAGCCACAACCAUAGGAAAAUUGGUGAUUCAAAACAGAGGUGUUGUUAGAAAGAUAGUUCCAAUGGGUAACAAACUACUGCCCAAGAUAAUGAAAAAGGAUCAAGAGAAGCAUUUCCAAGGGUACCAUUUUCUUAUGAUGUUUGAUUCGUCUGCAAGUGUACAAUCUGAAAUUUUGAGAACUUUGAAAAAUGAUCCCAGAGUAAUCAGAUCAUCAAUUGCGAAGAUGAAUACUGCCAAACAGUUGGAUGUGGCAUCCUCCAUUGAAAGAGCUUCGGGUUACAAUUCUACACUGGAAAAAAUCAGUAAAAACUAUAUGUAG